AUGCGACGCCUGGCCCCAGUCUCCGGCUUGCGCCUGCACCCUCGCCCCCUGGAGCGACUGGGCAGUCUGCGACUCACGAUUUCCCUACGAGCCAGCCUGGCGAAGUCGCAGCCUUCUGAAGGGACCUCAAUGCGUCCCUCUGUUCCAGACACGAACCUGCACCUCGGACGCCAUUUGCACAAGUUAUCAGAAGGCUUUCGAAGACGCGCUGCAGCAGAUGUGCAUUUUGCCUAUAACUGGCCGUCUCCGCACAUACAGCUCCUCGAUAUCGAGAACUCUGAGAUGAUUCAAGACCAUGGUUUUUCCCUUGAGCGGUCCGAGUGGCGUUUAGCUGCCUUACUAGGCCCUGAGCUGAGCAGCAAGGAGGCAUCGACACUGAUCGAGAACGCCUUAUCGAACGCCGGCUCUGCUCUCUUUCGUGCGAUUGCCUCAUGCAAAAGCUCCUGUGCGUACAGCUGA